AGUUGAACAGUGAGCACACGUGAUUUACAGUAUUUUGGUUAUUACUCAAAAUGGGUGAGUGAUGUUUUAAAGCAGUAUUACAAAACACAGAAUGGUAAAUGGUUAAACAGUCAAAAUGAGCAGCAAUGCAGUAAAACCCAUAGACAAACAAUCUGUUCUUAAAAUUUGCUCUGGUCAAGUGGUCGUAACUUUGGCAACAGCAGUAAAAGAACUGGUCGAGAACAGUUUGGAUGCUGGUGCAACAAACAUUGAAGUACGCAUUAAGAAUUGGGGUGCAGAUUCUCUUGAAGUUAUUGAUAAUGGUGCAGGUGUAUUACCACAAAACUUUGCUGGUUUGGCUUUAAAGCACCACACAUCUAAAUUGACCACAUUUGACGACCUGCCCGGUGUGGAAACCUUUGGUUUUCGUGGCGAAGCACUUAGCUCUUUGUGUGCAUUAAGUAAUCUUACCAUCACCACAUGUCACUCAUCUCAAAGUAUUGCCACAAAAUUAGAGUACAACCAUGAUGGACAGAUAAUAAAGCAACAUGCUACUGCAAGAACACAGGGAACCACUGUCACAGUUCAAAAUCUUUUCUCCACUCUACCUGUUCGACACAAGGAGUUUUUAAGGAACAUCAAAAGAGAAUAUGGCAAAAUGAUACAAAUUUUGCAAGGAUAUUGUGUUGUUUUGACAGGUGUUAGAAUUAGUUGCUAUAUUAUCAAUGAUAAAGGGAAGAAAUCACUGGUUCUGGCAACGCAUGGUAACAACUCUAUAAAAGAGAAUAUUGGUGAUGUGUUUGGGCCUAAACAAUUACAAUCUAUCAUGGCUUUCGAGCAAAUCCCACCAGCAUCUGAAGACUGUGAAGAAAUUGGUUUGAAUAUACUUUCACAAGAUGAAAACAAUAUGUUAGUUUUGACAGGGUUUGUAUCUUGUUCAGAACAUGGUGAGGGACGAAGUUCAAGUGAUCGACAAUAUAUAUUCAUUAACAAGAGACCAUGUGACCUACCUAAGCUGACACGAUUGGUCAACGAAGUUUAUCAUAUAUUUAAUAGAAAUCAGUAUCCAUUUGUGGUUCUAAAUAUUGUAUUAAAUAAAGAACUUGUUGACGUGAAUCUAACACCGGAUAAACGACAAGUUUUUUUUCAACAAGAAAAACUUCUGUAUGCCAUCAUAAAGUCUUCCUUGAAAGCAAUGUACGACACUGGGUCCAAUUCCUACGAAACCAAUCAGAAACCAUUGAAAGAAAUUAAAUUAUCAAGUUCAAGAUUAAGAAGAGAGGAAACGAACAAGAGCCUCGUUAAAUCGAUCAAAGAAAGACUGAAAACGGCAGGAACACCAGUUGAAAAUAACAAUAAAAAUUGUAUAUUGAAGUAUACGACAAAUAUUUCUGGAAUAAGUAAGACGGUUGAUGACGAUGAAGAAGGAAAUUCUGCGUUCCCAUGGAAUAUUGAAGAAUCAGAGGUCAAAAACGCGGAAAGUGACUUAAGAACUGAUGGCUUAGAUAACAUGGUCAAACAAAGCGAAAUCAGUUCAUCUGAAGAAUCUGUGACGACAAGUAAAAACGACGUAGGAAAGGCGCCUGUAUUUCACCAAGAGUAUGAUUUGAAAUUGACAGAGAUGGACGAAAACCACAAAAUUUUUUGCCAAAGAAACAAGAAUGAGAGCAAGUCGUGUGGAAACGAAGAACCGACUAUGAUCACUAUUGAAUAUAAAGAUAGUAAUAUUCUUAAUACGGCUAGAAAAUGCAUCAUUGAUGGAGAGGGUAUUUCUGACACAGAGACCAUUCAAAAAGAGAAAAACGAAGAGAUACAAGAGAACAUGUUUGAACUUUUAAAAGAAAAUGAUCGUUGCAAUGAGGAAAAACACGGGUUGAAACGAGAGCGAUUUAACGAAGAGAAAGAAGGUUGUACGAAUCUUUUAUCGGCCAAGAGAAUUCGAACAGACGGAGAUUAUGGCGAGAAAACUGACGACGUAAACGAACGAAAUAGUUUAGUAGUGAAUUUUGACAUGGAGAAAAUACGUGAGCUUAGUAAUGAUGAAAAAUUUUGUGAAGCAACUAAAGAGGAAAAUCAUAGUAUCUCGCGUUCUUUUCGUGCAAACAUUUCGCCCGCAAGCAAUCAGACCGCCGAGGACGAACUAAGAAAGAAUAUUUCCAAAGAUAUGUUUGGAAAGAUGAAAAUAAUCGGACAAUUUAAUCAGGGUUUUAUUAUAUCGAAACUCGACCGCGAUUUGUUUAUCAUCGAUCAACAUGCCGCGGACGAGAAAUAUAAUUUUGAAGAUCUACAAAAAAAUACAGUUUUGAAAUCGCAGCGACUUAUCGCACCGCAAUCGCUGGAUCUCACGGCAGUGAACGAAAGCGUUUUGUUGGAAAAUCUUCAAGUCUUUAAAAUGAACGGCUUUGACUUCGAGGUCGACGAAACAGCACCAGUUUCACAAAGAGUGAAGCUUGCGGCCACACCAGUCAGUAGGAAUUGGAGUUUUGGUAAAUCGGAUAUUGACGAAUUGAUCUUUAUGUUAAGUGAUUCCCCUAACAGGAAUUGCCGACCUUCAAACGUGAAAAAAAUGAUUGCCAGUCGUUCUUGUCGUAUGUCUGUCAUGAUUGGUCGAGCUUUAAAUGAGAGACAAAUGAGGAGGAUUGUGGAUCAUAUGGGUGAAAUGGAUCAACCUUGGAACUGCCCUCAUGGACGACCAACGAUCAGACAUUUGAUCGAUUUGAACAUGGUCGGAAAAUAAAGGAUAGAAGUGACAGAGUAAAGGCACAUUUGGUAGGUGAAAUGGGGAUUGACGAGGAUAGAACAAGAAAUUGUAGGAACAAUGAUCAUGAUACAAUAAACAAUCGAAGCGUUCGAAAUAGUUAUCGAAGUUCAAAAAUCUCCAUGCGAAUAAACAUUAAUAUAAAUACAUACAUUGCAUAACUAGAAACUGUUAAUUUUAUGUGGAUAAAAUUUUUUCACUGUUUCA